UUAAUGAAAAUAAAACAAUAUUCACAACUUUUACGUUUUUUUCGUCAUUUAUUUCGUAAAUGUUUUAAGUUUUGUUUUCGUUAUAAAUAAUUAUUGCUCAAGUCUAGGCUAAAACCCAAAAAAUGGUUAUUGCCAUUGGUUUCGAAGGAAGUGCAAACAAACUCGGUAUCGGUAUCGUAAGAAACGGUGAAAUACUUGCGAACUGUAGGAGAACUUAUAUCACACCGCCCGGAGAAGGCUUUCUACCCAGGGAAACUGCUGAACAUCAUCAACAAAACAUUCAUAAGGUGUUGCAAGAAGCCUUAGAUGAGUCUGGAAUAUUGCCCCAAGAUAUAGAUGUGGUAUGUUACACUAAAGGGCCAGGAAUGGGAGCUCCACUUAUGGUAUGUGCAAUUGUAGCCAGAACUUGUGCAAAGUUAUGGAAUAAACCAAUUCUAGGUGUAAAUCAUUGUAUAGGACACAUAGAAAUGGGUAGAUUAAUAACAAAAGCUAAUAACCCAACUGUACUUUAUGUAAGCGGUGGGAAUACACAAAUUAUUGCAUAUUCUAGAAAAAGGUACAGGAUAUUUGGAGAGACAAUUGACAUUGCAGUUGGUAACUGUUUAGACAGGUUUGCGAGAGUAUUAAAAUUGUCAAAUGCUCCAAGUCCUGGAUAUAACAUUGAGCAGGCUGCAAAAAAAGGAAAGAAAUAUUUACAUCUCCCUUAUUGUGUUAAAGGAAUGGAUGUUAGCUUUUCAGGAAUACUGUCAUACAUGGAAGAUAAAAUAGAGGAUCUUCUUAAAGAAUACACUCCUGAGGACUUGUGUUAUUCAUUGCAAGAGACAGUUUUUGCCAUGCUUGUAGAAAUCACUGAAAGAGCUAUGGCUCACUGUAGCUCUGAUGAGGUACUAAUUGUUGGUGGUGUAGGUUGUAAUGAACGCUUACAAGAGAUGAUGGGUGUAAUGUGUGCAGAGAGAGGCAGUAAGAUAUUUGCUACAGAUGAACGUUUUUGUAUAGACAACGGAGUUAUGAUUGCACAUGCUGGAGCCUUAGCAUUUGAGUCUGGUACCAGAAUGGACUUCAAGGAUACAACCAUCACACAGAGAUUCAGAACUGAUGAUGUUCUUGUAACAUGGAGGGAUGAUUAAAUGAUAAACUAUAAAUUAAGAAAUCUGUGUUUCAUUUCUAAUAUUUUAUUUAAGGAAAAAAAUAUUCUUUACGCUUUUAUUUAACUUAUUGUUUGACUCUUUAUAAAAGAGGGAUGAUUAUAAACUUCUAAAGUACUAACACUCUCAUAUGAUAUAAAAAAAGGUUACAUAAUUAUCUGGCUUUAAUAUUUGUUCAAAAAUAAGAAAUUCAUUUGGAAACUUAAAACAUAGCACUAACAAUAACAUUACAAACAAGUUCUCAUCUCAACACUAUUUCGAUUCUGAGUGAUAAAACUUAACAAACAUAACUUAUAUACUUUUUACAGAAAAGUAGAAUACUGGAACUUGCUUAUUCUUAACUUGUGAACUUUGAUAUCAUAGUUGUAUAGCAUCCUUGUUCAACCAAAUUCUGCUAUGCGGAGAAAGUAUACCAUUGAGAUAUUGAAUAAAAAAUUUACAAUAUUACAUACAGCAACUGCAAUAUAUUUUAUUAAGAGGCAUUAGAUA